GCGCGUCCCUUAGUCCACCUGCACCAGGCAGGAAAGCAGGCUUCCCUGGCUUCGCCACCGUAAGUCGCUCGGCGAUCCUGGAGCUUGGGGCUCUUCCUCCCAGGCGGAGGGAUCCACGGCAGCCGAGGAGGCGGCGCUGAGCCUACGAGGAAGAGGCAGGCUACGGCGGCGGCGGCUGUGGCAGCAGCGCAUAAAGGGGCCGCCGCCGGGUGAUGCGGUGACCGCUGCGGCAGGCCCAGAAGCUGAGUGGGCCUCGGCCCUCAGCUCGUCGUAUCCGCGCUCCGGAGCUCCCCGUUCUCCGGUCGACUCGCGACCGCUCGGGCGGUCUCAAGCCCCUUAGCCCCUUCCCCGUCCCUCCCCCGUCCCCGUCCCCGCCCCGGGGCCAGCCGCCACCGUUUCCCACCAUGGCUCUGAAGAGAAUCCACAAGGAAUUGAAUGACCUGGCUCGAGAUCCUCCAGCACAGUGUUCAGCAGGUCCUGUUGGAGAUGAUAUGUUUCAUUGGCAGGCUACAAUAAUGGGGCCAAAUGACAGCCCCUAUCAGGGUGGAGUAUUUUUCUUGACUAUUCAUUUCCCAACAGAUUACCCCUUCAAACCGCCUAAGGUUGCAUUUACAACAAGAAUUUAUCAUCCAAAUAUUAACAGUAAUGGCAGCAUUUGUCUUGAUAUUCUACGGUCACAGUGGUCUCCAGCACUAACUAUUUCAAAAGUACUUUUGUCCAUCUGUUCUCUGUUGUGUGAUCCCAAUCCAGAUGAUCCUUUAGUGCCUGAGAUUGCUCGGAUCUACAAAACAGAUAGAGAAAAGUACAACAGAAUAGCUCGGGAAUGGACUCAGAAGUAUGCGAUGUAAUUAAAGAAAUUAUUGGAUAACCUCUACAAAUAAAGCUAGGGGAACUCUGAAAGAGAGAAAGUCCUUUUGAUUUCCAUUUGACUGCUUUCUAUGAGCCCACGCCUCAUCUUCCCCUGUGCACAUGUUUACCUGACACAGCAGUGCUGCGUGUUGUACAUACUUGGAACAACAAACUAGAAAUACUGUACUUCUGUACCAACAUUGCCUCCUAGCAGAGAAGUGUGUGUGUGAGAAGCCAGUUCUCCGGGCGUAACCUAGGUGUGAGACUAAAAGCUUUCCUUAUUGACUUAACUUUGGAUAAUGGCAAGAUGUGAUGGGUAGUGGGUACACAGCGUGUGCUUGAAUGGGAGGAAAAAGCUCCAGUGACCCAUAGGAGAUGGUCCUUAAGUGGACUCCAUCUAAUCCCCUAACAGUCGUGAACAGCAUGGUGAAGAGCGUGAAGCUGUUUCUGUAUUCCUUUCAUCCUGAAAGACCUACAGCUUAGGAGAAAGUUAUGACCAAGCAGAGUAAACUACAUGCUGUAUUUUAAGGUCUAAGUUUAACUGAUCAACAUUUAAAUGGACUGGAGCUGUUAGUACAUAAAGUGUGAUGGACUUUGUUCCCAACACUUUCAUAUCUCCCUGCCCUUUCAGCCUUCCUCCUUUUAGCCCCUUUCCAUAAUCUUUGGUUUGUAUGUGGUUUCUCAGUUAAUACAUAGCUAAUAGCUCUUAUUUUUCUUAUGUUUUUAACUGCUUUAGGCCUAUUUCGAUGUAAGGGUGAACAUUCAUUUGAUGGAAACACUUGUGUAUAUUUAAAGACCCAGUUGCUCCUCUGGAGCUUGUACGUUCAAGAAUGAUUAAUCUGUGUAAUAAACUGAUUACUACAGUCAUUACAUAUAAUUUUGUGUGAAUAGGCUUUUUGAUUUAAAAACUUGGUCUAGCUAAGAUUAGUGGUGGAUUUUUCCUCAUCCCUGAAAUGUUUUCAUUUAUAUUUGUUGCAUUUCAAAAUCAUGAAACAAUUCCAGUUUACAUACUAAAAGAGAUGUGAGAGUAAUUUUAUUAAACAAGAUAGAGGCGUAAGCUUAAAGGCAUUUUCAUGAAACUUACAUGUGCACCAUUCCAGGAACAUGACUGUUAAACUAAAGAAAUUUGCUUUGUUAGUGAAAGUGAGCAGCACUUCACUAGAACCUUACGACAGUCUCUUGGUACAUAGGACAUAGGACACAAGGUGUUGCUGUUGAUGAGCUAAUUGAUUGUAACUAUAACGAGUAACUGACCAAACCUGGGAAACAUGAGCACAAUCUUGUAUCGGAGAGUCUACGUUAUUACUUUGCACUAACAUUUGCAGGAUGUCCAUUGGUUUUAAAUUGUACUGUAUGUGGCUUUUUGAAGUCUUCCUUUGACUCUAGUAAAAUGUAGUUUGGAAUUUGUAAACAACUGUUAAUCCAGAAACAUUCAUGUGAACUAGGCAAGUUAUCUCCCCUCAUCCCUUUUCCUAACCUAAAUGUAAGCCAGGCCAGCUUGAAGGCCAUGGCUGACGCUCUCUAGUCAUCAGGUUCUUUGAAAUGCAUCUUUACACUCUUGCACAAAAAUUGAGGAAUAAAUGACCACUGCUUUUGGUUUUAAA